CAGAUUUGCCAAGAGAAGAGUCGGUGUGUUCUCUCUUCUUCCUCCUCCAAAAGAAUUAUUUCAGUGUGUCGUCUGCUGAAGCGGCCCGAUGAUGAAACAGGAGGCCCUGCUCGUGCUAGCGUUAUGCGUUUGCGCAUGCUCAGCAUCCAAGGCGGAGGACUCAAAACGGCGCAUCUAUGGCAUUGUGGAAGAGCAUGAAUCCCGACAAUAUGGAGGACGAGAUCAUGGAGGACAUGAAUACGGGGAGGACGACGUACCAGCAAAGAGCGCACGUCGGUACAAUUACCAGGGCGAGGAAUCGAGACUCUCGGGAGAUUACUACGAGCCAGACAAAAAGGGAAAGGUGCAGAUAGGUAGUGUCUAUAGAGAGAAUGUGAAGGCUUAUGCACCUAAGAAGUCGCAACAAGUGGUGGCAAGUCCAGUCAGUCAUUCUCACUACGCUGUUGUGGACCCCAAAGUUCCAGAGUCCUAUGUUUUGGUAGAAGAUCCAAAACCCCUCAUUUUGGACCCCAAAAUGCACGGAGACUAUCAACCAGCUUCGGCCCCAGUGGUUCUAAAGAAACCUGCUCGACAUUAUCCUGUCGCUAAGGAUUAUUUUAAUGUGAACCACGAGGCCUAUCCUGCUAAGCCUCUUGUCUACUAUCAAGCACCAAAAGAUGAUUACGCGUUGAAACAUUCCCCCAAAGUUCAAAGCUAUCCCCAAACUGUGGCUAACGACUACAUCGUAGUACAGCAUGAUGUACCGGUGCUUAAAAAGGAUGUCCAUUACCCUGUAGUCAAACAUGAAGUACCCGUUCACACGCAAGAAGUUCAUUACCCUGCAUUCAAACAUGACGUUCCAGUGAUCAAACAAGAUGCGUACUAUCCUGUUGCCAAACAUGAGGCACCAGUACUCAAACAUGACAUUCAUUACCCAGUCGUCAAACAUGAUGUUCCUGUGCUGAAACAAGAUAUCCAUUAUCCAGUGAUCAAGCAGGAAAUCCCAGUGGCCAAACCCGUGGUACACUAUCCGAUCGUCCAACAUGAAGCCAAACCAGCUGUCUAUUAUCCAGUGGCCAAGGAUUAUGGAAGGUAUGGCGUUGCAGAUAAAUCUCACCAAGAUUAUGGACACGGUUACUACGGAGAUAAUGCCAUUCAGAAGGAUUCUAGCCAUAAAUCUCAUGGACACCAUGACAGGUCCGGACACAAGGCCUAUGCAGAAUCUGCGGGACACCAUGACGAACACGAUCGACAUCACAACAAGGGCGUGUAUGAACGAGACAGGGGUUACCACUACGAGAAGGCUUAUGCUUACGACAGAAUCCGAGCCGAGCACGACAUCGGCGGUUCUCGAGGCAGCCAUUCUGCCUACCGUGGGGCGCACGGGUCGGAAGGACAUCACGACGCAGGUCACCAUGGGGCGGAGUCCCACUCGCACUACAAGAAGGGCGACAGGCACGGGCACCACGACCACAAUGCCCUUCACAAGAGCUACGACGAGUACGGCCACAGACACAUCGGAUAGAAGAAAGGAAAUAGGUGUUUCUCAUCUCCAGACGCAACUUCCAUUCCUCGGCAUCGUGCAGGCUGGGAAUAAUACGUUCGCCAUGACAUAUGAAACGGGCUUCCAGGGGCACACUACACUUGUAAAUAUACCGUCCAGAAUAAA